AUGGCUGAAGUCCUUAGGAAAGGCCUUGAGAAAGUCGGGCUUAAGUCUCCUGAGCCAGAGGGAAUCCCGCCAACAGAGCCCGCCGCAAAUGACCUUGCAGAGCUUCGAGAGAAGUAUGAGAAAGCGGAGCAAGACCAUGUCUUCGCAUUCUACGAUGAGCUUGAUACAGCAGGCAAGGCUGCCCUGUACGAACAACUCUCAGGCAUUGACCCGCGCCGCAUCAAUAUCCUAGCCGACAAGGCUCUUCACCCUCCGAAGCAAGAUGAGGACAAACAGCCUACCAUAGAACCGCUCCCCUCGGAAGCUGUCGACUCCCUGCUCGAGACAGAUGAAGAACAAAUCAAGAAAUGGUAUGAGGCAGGGCUGGAUCUGGUAGCUGAAGACAAGGUCGCGGUCGUUCUCAUGGCUGGCGGACAAGGAACCAGACUGGGAAGUUCAGAUCCCAAGGGCUGCUUCAACAUCGGGCUACCCAGCAACAAAUCACUAUUUCAAAUGCAAGCAGAGCGCAUCACAAAGAUUCAGCAGCUGGCACGUAAGAAGAAAGGCUUAGAUGAGGAUGCAACGGUGCCAUGGUAUGUGAUGACGAGUGGCCCUACGAGGAGGCCAACACAGGAAUUCUUCGAGAAGAACAAGUACUUCGGCCUAGACAAGAAGGAUGUCAUCAUCUUUGAACAGGGCGUGCUGCCUUGUAUAUCCAAUGAAGGCAAGAUUCUGAUGGAAAGCAAAUCGAAAGUUGCCGUGGCGCCAGACGGGAAUGGCGGCAUAUAUCAGGCAUUGAUCAUGUCAGAGGCACGUGGUGACAUGCGCAAGCGAGGCAUCGAGCAUAUCCAUGCAUACUGCGUCGACAAUUGCCUUGUCAAGGUCGCGGAUCCCGUCUUCAUUGGUGUAGCUGCAGAGAAGAAGGUCGACAUUGCCACGAAAGUCGUCCGCAAACGUGCGGCCAAGGAGUCUGUCGGGCUUAUCGUACAGAAGGAUGGUAAGCCAGACGUGAUUGAAUACUCCGAGAUGGACGAAGAAAUGGCGAAAGCCACGGAUUCGGGAGAUCGACUGAAGUUCCGAGCGGCUAAUAUCGUCAAUCAUUAUUAUUCCUUCAAGUUCUUCGAGAGCAUUGAAGAGUGGUACAACAAACUGCCACAUCACGUCGCGCGAAAGAAGAUUCCGUACAUCGACACAGAGAAAGGAGAGUCUGUCAAGCCAGAGAAGCCCAACGGCAUCAAGCUGGAGCAGUUCGUCUUCGACGUCUUCCCGCUGGUCGGCAUGGACAAGUUUGCUUGUCUCGAGGUCGAUCGCGCGGAGGAAUUCUCGCCGCUCAAGAAUGCUGCCGGUACUGGUGAAGACGAUCCUGAGACCAGCAAGAAGGACAUCAUGCAACAGGGGGCGAGAUGGUUGAAGAAUGCUGGUGCCACUGUCGUAAGCGAAAGCGAUCAGACCGGUGUGGAAGUGUCCCCACUGAUCAGCUAUGGUGGCGAAGGACUGGAUUAUCUUAAGGGCAGAGAAGUCAAAGCCCCAGCGGUCAUCGAGAAGAGCGGUGCACAGUAG